UGUAACAUACGCCACUGUCCAGUGGAUGGUAAAUGGUCACCCUGGGGCAGUUGGACAUCCUGCAGUGUGUCCUGUGGUGGAGGCCUUCGACAAAGAACUCGUGAAUGUGCCAGUCCACAACCACAAUAUGGAGGCCACAAAUGUAAAGGAAAAGCCUUUGAAAAUGAGUUUUGCAAUGGAGACUUAUGUCCUAUUCAUGGAAAUUGGGGACCAUGGAGCACGUGGGGAACAUGUAGUCAUACAUGCAAUGGAGGCCAGAGGAGGAGGCAUCGUACCUGUGACAGCCCUGCUCCUU